CCAUGAUCCUUGUAAUAAGUAAAUAUCUACUACUUUAUUGUCCCAGUUCAACAGUGAAGCUGAAGAUUUUGGUUGGUUUCAAGGGUGUGAAAUUCAACUUGUGUUGCGUGUAAAGGUGUAUAUAUACCAAACGAGCAUUGUUCUCGAAUGUUUCAAAACAUUUUGAAAUGUUUUCAAACGUUCGAUAACUCAGAAUGGGAGGUGUUCACACAGCCCGCGCUUGUCCUAGCGAGCAUUUGUUCUUGAUAAUUCAACGAGGUCUCUCUAAAGUGCACAUGCAGAUAUGGCGUCCUCAUUAUCUAAAAUUGCAAUUUCUACUGCAUCUAUUGUAAUACUCUCUCAAAUGAAAGAACUACGCAAAAGGAGGAGACGAACAACCUGGGUGAAUUCUUUUCUGAAAGGAAGAAAUUAUACCCAGCCGCUAGAUGACUUGGGAGCGUACGAAACGGAACUUUUCAGAAAUUUCUGCCGCAUGUCGUUAUCGGACUUUAAUAUAUUACUCGGCAAAAUUGACGAAAAAGUGUCAAGAAAGGACAUCAAUUAUCGAGAGAGCAUUCCAGCGUCGGUUCGACUGGCACAAACACUUCGAUUUUUGGCUACAGGAGAUUCACAUGGAAGUCUCAAUUACCUUUUCCGAAUUUCAAAACCAUCAAUAUCGAAAAUUAUUCCCGAAGUCUGUGAAGCCAUCGUACAUGCACUGAAGGACUACGUAAAGAUGCCAGAAAAUUAAAAAGAGAGGCAGUGCGUCUCCCAGG